AUGAGCCCCCACAACGUUGUUUUUGAUGCCAAGGUCCAGUCGGACAUCAAGCACUUCCCCUUUGCUGUUUUCAACAAGGCUGGUAAGCCUUGCGUCCAAGUGGAGCAGGAGUUUUCUCCCAAGGAAAUCUCGUCGAUGGUUCUUCUUAAGAUGAAGGAGACCGCUGAGUCCUACUUGGGCUACAAUAUCAGCAACACCGUUGUCACCGUCCCUGCCUACUUUGACGACUCUCAGAGACAGGCUACAAAAGACGCUGGUACCAUCUCUGGAAUGAACGUUCUUUGUAUUGGUGAUGCUGCCCCGAACCAGGCUGCUAUGAGCCCCCACAAAAUUAUUUCUGAUGCUGAGGUCCAGUCGGACGUCAAGCACUUCCCCUUCACUGUUUUCAACAAGGCUGGUAAGCCUUCCAUCCGAGUGGAGCAGAAGGAGUUUUCUCCCAAGGAAAUCUUGUCGAUGGUUCUUCUUAAGAUGAAGGAGACCGCUGAGUCCUACUUGGGCUACAAUAUCAGCGAUGCCAUUGUCACCAUCCCUGCCUACUUUGACGACUCUCAGAGACAGGCUACAAAAGACGCUGGUACUAUCUCUGGAAUGAACGUCCUCCAUAUCAUCAACCAGCCCACUGCUGCUGCCAUCGCAUAUGGUCUCGACAAAAAGGUUAUCGGUGAGGGCAACAUCCUCAUCUUCGAUCUUGGAGGAGGAACCUUUGAUGUGUCGCUCUUGACCAUCGAGGAGGGUAUAUUCGAGGUGAAGACCACUGCUGGUAACACUCACUUGGGUGGUGAGGACUUUGGCAACCGACUCGUCAACCACUUCACACAAGGGUUCAAGCGCAAGCACAAGAAGGCCACCCAGACUUCCAUCAAGAUUGACUCCUACUUUAGUUCUCUCACUUACGCCCAUUUCGAGAAGCUGUGCACGGACCUGUUAUGCAGCACGCUCGAGCUGGUCAAGAAGGUCCUCCAGGACUCCAAAAUUGACAAGGCGGAGUGCCAAGCAGUAUGGUCUUGCUAACUCCGAGAUAUUCCAGCAUACUCC